AUGAACAGUUUUUUGGAAUGCUUUCAAGGGGAGAUUAAAUGUGCACUCAGAGCUCUGCGAUGCAGGUCGUCCCGUCGGUGGUUAUUGGAGUCAUUUGCAGCGUGUUCUUUAGGCAGUAGAUUCUUGUCCAUCCGUUUACCUCCUCUUCCUUCUCUCCGCGAAGUCAUCCGUAUAUACGGUAUCCGAGCCCGGAAACAAUUAUCACAGAAUUUUCUUUUACAACCAUCAUCUAUAAAUGGCUUAAUUAAAUGUGCAGGGAAUUUGCGUGGUGCAUAUGUCCUCGAAGUUGGUCCAGGUCCAGGUGGGAUUACUCGAGCUAUUCUGCAGAAAGGUCCACGUUAUGUCGCGGUGGUGGAGAUAGACAGGAGAUUUAUUCCUGGGCUUCAGGAAUUACGUCUUGCUGCACUCGAAAUGGGGACGCAAAUGGAGAUAUUUAGACAGGAUAUUUUGAGAUUCAACUGCGAAGGCAUUUUCCCUACCAAUCCCAUGAGCGGUGAAGGAGCAUGGAAUGAUUCGUCUCAGUUACAAGGCUUACAUAUUCACGAGUCUCUGUCCGAAAAUCAGACAGACACUGCCCUGGAAAAUAUAAGUUCGCGGAAAAUUUGUGUUAUCGGAAAUUUACCGUUUAAUAUUUCUACUCCGCUUGUAUGUCAGUGGCUACAUGACAUUGCUGAACGACGAGGUAUUUGGCGGUAUGGACGAGUCCCUUUGAUAUUGACUUUUCAAAAAGAAGUCGCUGAACGACUUGCUGCAGAUGUAUGGGAUGAACAGCGUUCGCGUUUGUCAAUUAUGUCUCAAGCUUAUUGCAAUGUUGAGUAUAUGAAGGAUAUUCCAGGCACUGCUUUCUUACCGCCACCAAAAGUGGAUGCUGGGGUUGUUCGUUUAACACCUUUACAACAACCACUUAUCCCUGUACCAUAUCCAUAUGUUGACAAGUUAGUCCGUCAGACAUUUCGUUUCAGGCAAAAACAAAUUGUCCGAUGUCUGGAAACAUUAUUCCCUUCCAAUCGACCUGAAUUAGUUAUUCAGUUAUUCAAAGAAGCUGGAGUGCAACCAGUCAAACAGAGUAUACAGUUAACACUGUCAGAGUUUCGUGACUUAUGCUUUGUUUACCAUCGUAUAUGUCAAAUGGAACCCAGUAUAUUUGAUUUCGAUUAUCAGACUCGUGAAAAUUUACCCCUGUGGCGUAAUCGUAGAAAAGUUCAACGUGAAAUCUUAGGCGGUUCAGCUCUGACAGCUAGUCGAUUGCGUAAAGAAAUGUACAAAUAAAAAGUCAAUAUGUUGUUAAAAUAUACAAAGCCUCGGAAGUUAAUCUUUAUGCGAAUUGAAACCUUUUCUCAAUAUGACUACAUUCUCAAAGUUAAUCCAUAUGUCCACUUUCAAUUGUUGAUUGCUUUUCUAAAUUUUUUAAUUCAUCUUGAUUCCUCGGUGGAUAUUUCGUACAUAACUUGUGUUCAUUCACCCUAACCUUUAGGGGUUUACAACUUUCUCUAAUAUAAUAAACUUCAUAUUCCAAACAUUUAAUUUUGUAGACAUAUAUGUUCUGCGUCAUCUUAGAAAUUGUAUCUUUCACUUUGACUAUGAUCUUUUCUAGUUAAUUUAAAGGUUUACAAGGAACUUUUAUACCCUGUAAGGAGCAUACUCUUUUAUUCUGUUCAGAAGUACCUUUCUGAUAUGUUACCGUCAUAGAUGACGCCCAUGAUUUUGCUGUACCUUUAUUACUAGUAGUAGUAGUACUUGCUGUUUUUUUUGUCUGACCGGUUAUGUUGUUCAAGAAUUUCUUAGGGUGUCCAUUUUCCAUUAAAACAUGUUUUAUUCAGGAG